AUGGAUUUAAUGGGAGCGUUCUUUCUAUUUGCUGCUAUUGUUAAUAUUAUCCUAACCAUCGAGCAUGCUUACACCGCGUCAAGGAGACGCUUGUCUUUCCUGAUCUUACUAAACCUUCUCCAGAACUUGCUCAACACGACUGCCUGUUUCGCAGUGUUUUUCACCAUCCGCGCCAAAACCCAACAACCGAGUGAGUGGGAGUGCUACUUGAUUGCCUCCUUUGCCAUCUUCUGGUUCGUCUUUAGCCUCAGAGCAUGGACAAAUGUGUUUGUCUGCACAAGCCACUACCUUCGCAUUCUAAGACCCAGAUCGUCGGGCAAUCUGAAGCGCCUCUUCACCUACGGUGUCUUGAUUUUGACUGCCUCGAUGUCGUCAUUGGCUAGUGCCCUCAUCCACGUGUUCAUGUAUGAAUUUGAGGAGGAGUACGGUGUCUGUAGCGCCGUAUUCCUUUAUGAGGAUGAACUCGCUCAUCGGCGUUUCAUGCGGGUGCGAGUGUCGUUCGUCGCCUCGGUAGCCUUAAAUUACCUCCUGCCAAUCAUAGUCGUGUCCUUCAUCUACUCGGAGCUACUGACCACCCUCAAGAGCGUCAAUGCUCCAAAGAAGGUCAUCCGCGACAUCGAAGAACUCCUGCUGCUGGACAAGCAUCUGUACCUGUGGCUUGUCGGCCCCAUCCACAGCCUGAUGGCGCUUCAAUUCAUAUUCCUCAUGAAGGAGUUCCCGAAUUACUGAACACCUGCUGUGGCCACGUUCAAGGAGUUCCACGGCCUUAUCUCGGGCAGACGACUGGCCAUGAGCGAAGUCAUGGGAGUGUGGGGGAACUCCACUCAGUUUGGUGUGAACCAGAAAUUAGUAGUUGUGUACGUCGUAAGUCGCGCAGUUGCGUGGCAGUUCCAGCUAUGCGAGUCCGUUAGCAGCGAGAAAGCGGGCAUCUCGGCCCAACGAUAA